CCAAUUCUCCACCUCAGAGGUCUGCGACAUCCUGACCAGGGUGAAUGCUUGGAAAGCUGCUGGCCCUGAUGGAGUCCCCGGACGUGUGCUGCGAGCCUGCACUGAGCAGUUGGCCGGUGUCUUCACUGACAUAUUCAACAUGUCACUAGCUCAAUCAACAGUCCCCCACAGUUUUAAAUCUGCCACCAUUGUUCCGGUGCCCAAACACUCUACAGCGAAGGAACUUAAAGAUUUCCGCCCUGUUGCACUGACACCCAUCAUUGCAAAAUGUUUUGAGGAGCUGGUCCUCUCACAUCUGAAAUCCUGCCUGACCACUUCACUGGACCCGUACCAAUUUGCCUACCGUAGCAACCAAUCAACAGAGGAUGCUAUCUCCACAGUGCUCCAUCUAGCACUCACCCACCUGGAUAGCCCCAAAACAUAUGUUAGAAUGCUGUUUAUUGACUUUAGUUCCGCAUUCAACACUGUGAUCCCCUCCAAGCUGAUCUCCAAGCUCAGCCAGCUUGGCAUCAGCAACUCACUAUGCAACUGGAUUAUGGACUUCCUUACUAACAGACCCCAGGCUGUUAAAUUGGGGAGUCUCUACUCCUCCACUAUCACCCUUAACACUGGCGUGCCGCAGGGUUGUGUGUUGAGCCCUCUGCUCUACUCUCUCUUCACCCACGACUGCGCCCCUGUUUAUGGCUCCAACGCCAUAAUCAAGUUUGCAGAUGACACCACUGUGGUGGGCCUGAUCAGAGAUGAGGAUGAAACAGCAUAUAGGGAUGAGGUUCAACAUCUAACUACGUGGUGUAAAAACAAUAACCUGGAACUCAACACCAAGAAGACCAAGGAGAUCAUUGUGGACUUCAGGAGAACCAGGAGCAGGGCACACAACCCCCUCCAUAUCAGCAGCGCUGAGGUGGAGCUAGGGCUGCCGCGAUUAAUCGAUGUGGUAGACGAAGUCGACGGUAAAAAUGCGUCGGCAUCAAUAAUUUAAGUCGAUGCAUCUUUUUUUUAAUUUUAUGAAUUUACCUUCAGUAAAUUCAUAAAAUGAAUUUACUUCACUUUAGUUAAAAUGAAUUUACUUCACCCUUUAGUUCACGCUUCAGUUCAGUAUAACAAAUGUGCGUCUUCCGUAUCACUACGUGCUGCGUGCCUGACGUCAGUCUUUUUUGGCACCAGUCAUUGGUCGCCUUCAGUCAAUGCUUCAGUUUUAAAAAAAGUCAUGGCGGCAGCAGCAGUCGAGUCCGACUUGGUGGGGAAAGAGACGGCGUCAAGACCAAAGGCGUCAAAAGUAUGGGAGUUUUUUAAACUAGCGCCUAACAAAAGGGUGGUGUGUGCACUCUGCAAAGUGUCGAUGGCGUAUCAUAGCAGCACCACCGCUAUGCACGAACACCUCAAAAGAAAGCAUACAGGCGCCGUUGUGGACGAUGGACCGCCAGAAAAGCCAACGAAAAGGCAAAGCAACAUGAACGAAUUCCUGCAAAAGAAGGAUUGCUCACCAACAUUUGCAGCUGCUCUUACUGACAGUGUUCUCAACAUGAUUAUCAAAGACAUGAGACCCCUGUCAAUGGUGGAAGAUGAGGGUUUCCGUGCUAUGGUUAACACUUUCCAACCAGGCUACUGUCUCCCUAAAAGAACAUGCUUCACCAACAUGAUGGAGAGGAGAUAUGAGGAUGAAUUCCUGAAAGUCAAACUUGCCCUCUCGUCAUCCAGUUCCAUGGUCAGUCUAACAACAGAUGCAUGGACAAGUAUUGCCACGGAGGCAUACUUGGGCAUAACGUGCCAUUAUAUCAACAAUGACUGGGAACUCAUAAGCUAUAGUUUGACUACUAUGCCUCUUGAAGAGCGACACACUGCAGUGAAUAUUGCAUCCUGGAUUGAGACGGCAAUUGAGAGGUUUGGGAUUCCUACAAGCAGGAUCAAAGCUGUGGUGCAUGACAAUGCAGCUAAUGUUGUAGCAGCCCUCGAGUUGUUGGAAGAGAGGCAUGGGAUAUCUUCAAUCCGCUGUGCUGGCCACACAUUGCAACUAGUGGUGAAUCAAGCACUGAAGAAUCCACAAAUUAACAGAGCAAUUGGAGCGGCAAGAUGCUUGGUGGAACAUUUCAAAAAGAGUGAAAUGGCCAGUUCCAAGCUGAAAACUAAACAAAAACAAAUGGGCAAACCUGAACACAAGCUGAUUCAAGACGUUAGUGUAAGAUGGAACAGCUCGUACUACAUGAUCAGCCGCCUGCUAGAGCAGAGGUGGCCUGUUACAGCAACUCUGUCAGACCCAGAGGUUACACACAGAGCAAAACAUUUCCUUGACCUCAAAGCUGAACAGUGGAGCCUGCUGGAAGAGCUAGAACAAGCUCUCAAGCCAUUUGAGUGUGCAACUGUUUACCUUAGUGGGGGGUCAUAUGUGACCCUCUCCUCUCUACCUGCACUCAUUAAAGGACUGCUGAAGUCUACACAGAAUGCAGCCUUUGACAACACCCAUGUGCUGGCAUUUCAGGCUGUUGCAGCGAACGAAAUCUCAACAAGAUGGGAGGUUGAGAUGGCCUACAAAGAUGCUGGUACAAACACCACUGUAAUCGCAGCUGCCUUGGAUCCCAGGUUUUGCAGACUGAAGUUCCUGUCCCCAGAUGAAAGCCUGCAACUGCAGUUGAAAGUGCAAGCCCUUGCACUAGAAGCAAAGAGGAGGGUGAUGGAGAGUCAGCAACCACAGCAUGCCAUAGAUGGCCAAACAUCAGCAGGUGUUACAGAGAAGAGGUCUGUGUCUUUGCUGGACACAUUGCUUGGGUCGGACUCUGAGGAAACAUCCAGCCAGAAUGACAGUGGGGACGAGGCAGAUGUCAUCAGUCAUUCUGUGAGAGAAGAGAUUCUCAAGUAUUUUGGGGAACAGCCUCUGCCUAAAAGUUCAGAUCCUCUGCAGUGGUGGAAAACAAAUGAGGCAAGGUUUCCCUCUCUGGCUGUUCUGGCAAAGUCAUAUUUGGGUGUACCUGCAACAUCAACCCCUUCAGAACGUCUUUUCUCCAUAGCUGGUAACAUAGCUUCCAAGAAAAGAGCUAGCCUGAGCCCAGAACAUGUGGACAUGUUGACGUUCUUACACUACAAUACACAUGUCUAACUGACAUGAUAUUGAUUAAUAUUUUAGUUGCAUUUUGAGCUGGACACUUACACUUACUUUAAACAUGUUGCACUUUUACUUUAAUAAGGGGUUUAAUAGAAAUAAUAGAAAGGAGUUUAAUAGCAAGAAAAUGUAUUUUGGAGUUGCAAUACUGACUUAUAACAAGUCCUCUUUUUUUAUUUAUUUUUAUCAUGUUGGGAGUUCCUAGUUUAAACCUGCAGUUUUGCACUUUAAUAUGUCAGCCUUUGUUUACAUUUUGUUUUGUGCUGCAUUAUGUUAAAAUAAAAAGAAUUAACUGAGCUGAAAUGGUGAAUUUUUUUUUGGUUGGGAGGAAAAUUAAUCGUUUAGAUUAAUCAACUAAUCUAUAAAAUAGUCUAUAGAUUAAUCGAUAGAAAAAUAUUCGUUAGUGGCAGCCCUAGGUGGAGCGUGUGUCUAGCUUCAAGUUCCUUGGGGUCCACAUCACAGAAAAUCUUUCUU